AUGACUUGCAUUCCACCAACAUCAUUUUUCGCGACUCCAGAAUACUUAAAACUUGCUCUCCAUAGAGCAACUGCAAUUUCAGUGCCUAUUCAUUGCUUUGGUCUGUAUUGUGUGUUGUUCAAGACGCCAGAACAAAUGAAAUCUGUAAAAUUAUAUUUCAUAAACUUAAAUCUUUGGAUUGUCCUUUAUGAUUAUUCCGUGUGUAUACUAACGGUUCCUCUGCUAUUAAUACCCACUUUUGCAGGGUAUUCACUAGGGAUUUUAGAGGAUUUUGGAGUCCCUAACAUUAUACAAACCACUGCAGUAUUUUUGUUCCUAAUUUACGUUCUCAUUUCCAUCCUGGCAAUUUUCGAGAACCGAUUUCAUGUGGUUUGUAAUUUUCGGUGGAAAGUCAAAUGGACAUUGGUUAGAAGAUAUUGGCUUGGUAUACAUUAUUUUGUGGGACUAGUCGUCCUCAUACCAUUCUUUUUUCUGGUACCAGACCAAAGAGAAGCGAGGAUAGCAGUUUUGAAGUUCAAUUCCCAGCAGGGCACUUUUUCUUGGGUCCCAUCAUCUUUAUUCUUUCAGCAACUCCCAUGUCUCCCGGACUACAUCACCAAUGCACCAUUAUUCAUCACCUCCGACGAUUACACUUACCAUGUCACGAGUCUAGCAUUAUUUUUAGUUAUCGGAAUCACUGAAAGUGUCAUAUUCAUCCUUUUGCUAGUUUCCAACACUAUACAGCAGCUAAGAGCCAAGAAAAUGUCUCAAAAGUUGUUUGAAAUUCAGAAGAAAUUUUUUAUCGCUCUAGUUAUCCAAAUGCUUGUUCCCUCAAUUUUUCUAUUGAUCCCUUUGUGGUAUGCGGUGUUUUCAAUCCUGUUCGGUUACUAUAAUCAGGCAGCUAUCAAUAUUAGCGUAACGAUGGAGUCGAUUCAUGGACUCGUUUCCACACUGGUCAUGAUUUUUAUACACCGUCCCUAUCGUGAAGCAUUUUUUGAUAUUUUCGGAAGAAGUCUUGUAAUGAAAGAUGAUCAAAAUCGUUCAAAUAUCAAAGUGGGCUAA